AUGAAGCAAGUUGUUUUCAUUCUUGCCUUGGUGGCAGUGUGCCACUGCAACUUGUUUGCAUCAGAAACACUACUCAAACUCUCUGACAUCCUUAAAGCAAUGAACCUUGAGGAGAUGGUGCAAAGCAGUACGGCUCACAAAUUUGGUGCAAGUUUCUUCAAGUACUACUCUGACGACCUCCUCCCUUUACAGUUCCAACUGUGGAAAGAGCACGCUGGUCGAGACUACGAGAGUAGCGAGGAGCACUCUGAGAGGCAAGGAAUCUGGUCCAAGAACGUGAAGCUCAUCCACGAGCACAACCAACAGAACAAGUCCUACUCUCUUGCUAUCAAUCACCUUGGUGACUUGACUCAUGAUGAAUACAAGAACAUGCUGUUAGGAACAAAGAUUAACAUGAAAGGAAAGGAUGCCAACCCACUUUAUGGCCAGCAGACCAAUGGUGAGUCGUACAAUGAGCUUCCCUCACAGAUGAUAAGCGAACUAAAAGUAAAGACUAAAUCAAAGUCUAAACAACGAGCCAAAAAUCCCAAGCAGCCUGCAAUUGUUAUACCAGCGAUAAAGGGAAGACAAAACGAGAUCAUAAAAGUAGUAAUGAGCGUGAGAAAGUGGGAGGGCGUUUUAUCUCCAUCGGAAGUAGAUGCCAAAAGUGCAGCAGAUACUGUUCAUCUCCACAGAAAAAUGAGGAACCCUCCCAAGCAAGCAGAAAAAGAAUCCAGUCCCGAAAAAGAGGAAAAGACAACAAUCUGGCACCGCACAUGA